UGAAUUACAAAUUGUUUACAAGAGCAACCAGACCAUUUCCAUAUUAUUAUGAAAUCACUCAUACGAAUUGCUCUACUAAACCUCAAUAAAAGUACAUCAGAGUGAUUUUCAAUUGCUAAAAAUAGUUUUUAAAAUGCCGCACGGAUUUACAGAUGAAUCAUUAGAACCAGUUGAAUUUAAAUCCACUUGGAAAAGAGAACUGUAAGUUAUGUCCAAGUCAGAUUGGAUUGACUCAAUCUCAAAAAAAGUACUCCGCCAAUGAAGUAGAACUAACUUACUGAGAGUAAGAGUACUAACUAAGAGUUAGACACUCUUCAACUUAAAUCAAUCACUGUCUGUCUUAAACGCGCUCUAAGAGAGCUCGGCAAGACCUACAAAUGAUGCCAUAACACAUAGACAUAGGCCAUAUUUUUAUUAUUUUUUAGGUGUCACAAAGACUUCAACAACAAAAAAUAACACAAAAUUUAAAAAGGUGUUGACAGUUGAUGUUGGAACAACCAACCAUUCAUUUUCUUAGGGCAGGGGUUGCCAUAUGAAACUCAAACAGUAACUAAAGAUUAAAGACUUAAAUAAACGUUUAAUUAAUAUCAUUUUCAUAGUAUAGGCACCUAAUUCGUCUAUUAUACCAUUAUUAUUAUGAUUUGCUAUUCCUUAUCUCUGUGAGAGUAGAUUUUCAUUGUUUUUUUUCAUUUGAAAUCCAAUACAAGAAACACAUAUUAAAUAUUGAUAACUUCAUGAGGCAGGCGUGAAAAAAAACUCAGUCAAUACUUUUGUCAAAAACAAAUUUUGUGGCCUGAAUAAAUAAGAUGUGAUUUUAAUUAUUGCAUUAUUUAUUAGGUAUAAACUUAUUUUGAAUUUUAUCUUACUGAAAAAUCUUUUUCCAAUGUAUUUUUAUUGACCCUAUUAGCAUAUUAAAAAUGUUUUUAAAUGUAACAGGAUCAUGGGUUACUUUGCUUUUAAAAUGGGGACGUAACUCAAAAUAGGCUGAGAACCUGUGUGCUAGAAAGUAAAGGUGUUACAUAACUUACUAUAAUUCUUACAAGACUAACUAUACUCUAAAUCUGAAAUAUUUAAACAAAGUUCCUCACCUGAACAAUGUGAUAACCCCCUCCACACUCUGGUGAUUGGUGUCAUCUGUUAAUUUUCUUUACAUGGCUUGAAUGCAGUCCCUCAUAUAAUAUCGUUUAUAUUAAAAUGGACUUAUCGUACUGCAUGGUCCCUCUUUACUCCAUGUCUCAUGUAAAUAUUGAAGAUAAUAGGCACUUUUUUAAAAUUUGUGGUUUCUAUCUUUGGCAUUUAAAAGAAUGGGACCAAAGCUAGACUAUAAAUAUAAAAUUUAUUGCUGUCAGUAAAUCACUGCCUACAAUCGGUACAAUGGCAACUCAUUUUUGUUUGUACAUUAGUUUUUCUUUAAGGUUGAAUUAUCUUACCUUUUCUGUUUCAGAUCAGUUACCUCAGCAGAAAGUCAAACUAGAGAAAUACGUACUGACAGUGUUGAUGUGCAAUCCUAUGAUACUUUAAAUCAAGCGGUAGAAAACACAAUGUUCACUUUUCUUAUCUUGUAGACACUAACAGUGAAUAUUUACAAAAUUUUGAUUACAUCAUAUUUUAACCAAGCGUGACAUCUUUACAAAGUUAUGACAUUAUUUAAGACUAAUUUGAUCUUCUUUAAUAAAUCUGAUCUGUUUAAAAAUAAAUAAGUAGAUAUUACCUUGUACUUGUAUGAAAAAAGAUAUGGUUGUCUACCUUACAUACAGCAAGUACUUGACAUGUUUAUUAAAAUAAUUAGGAUUUCUACCUUACAUACAGCAAGUACUUGACAUGUUUAUUAAAAUAAUUAGGAUUUAAGGUCUUUUUUGCAACCAUGGAAUAUUUUUGUUUAAUGCAGGUGCAAACUGAUCUCAAUGGGGACUUCAGCUCUAUGUUGCUUGUUAACACAAAUAACCAAAAUUUAGCUGUCUUUCUCCAUAAAGUUGAACCAGUGGUAACAAAGUGCCUUGAGAAAAAUUUAAAAAGCAGAGCAUUUGAUGGUAGUUUUUUACGGUUUAUUUUAAUGUUUAAAAAAAAAUUGUUUUAGUUAUAUUUUAUAGAUUAUGUAUUAAACUUAACAUUUUAUACUAUUUUGUUCUUUCCUUAACAACCUUUCAUAUAAACCAACUUCAUCAUGUAUAUAUAAUUUGCAACAACAACAAAAAUAGGGUUUAAAAACAUAGUUUAAUGAAUUUUUAGAUUUUUUAUCUGUUUAAAAAAAAAAAACAAUCUUAGCCUUACUGUGCAAUUUAACUCUUAUAAGCUUUUAUUCAUGUAAAAUUUUUCUUCUUAAAUUUUUUUGAAACUAAAUCCAAGGUAUUCGGGAUCCUAAUGAAAAACUGUCUGAAGCUGUCACAUGUGUCCACACCCUUUGCAAUGCUGAUCUAAAUGAACAGGUAAAUGUUUUUGGAAUCCAUUAAGCCAUCUCUAUAUCAAAUUCUGUAGAAUGGAUAUUAAUGUAUAAUUUAACAAAAGCCCAGCUCAUUCUGGUACCAUCUUAAUCUUAAUAAGGAGAAUAUCAUUUUCUAUGAAAAUUGUCUGUAUCAAAAAGUUAUUUAAAAUGGGAUAUUAAGUGUAAACAUGUGAAAUAAGGUAUGGGAAAAACUGAAAAAAAAGAUGCAACAAAACAAUGAACAAGUCAGCAAGAAGCCUUCUUUAGCGAACAAACAACAAGUAACAAUUAUAUACAAAUUAAAAAUAAACACUUAGCUGAAAUUAUGGAUCCUAGAGGCCAGUAGAGACAGACCAAAUUUCCGCUUUGGUUUGGGCACAGAAAGUUGCCAUUUGAUCACUUUUGGCAUAGUUUCGGUUUUGGUAAAAAAAGACAGUUUUUAGAGACCGGGUUAAAAAAUAUUUUUCCCCCACAAGGACGAGGUUGCUUGGUGAAUGAAAUAAUUACGUCACCUGCACGGGUUGUCCCUAGGCUAAAUACUCCUACAGCUAUAUCUAGCCAGCUUUUUUAUAAAAAAAAGCAUUAGUAGUAUGAUGAUAACGCAAAAAAUGGUGGUGAUAUUUUUAUAGCUGUAAGAAGGCCUAAUAAGAAAUCAUGGAUUUAACAGAUUUUUAGGUGACAGUUGGCUCGAUCAGAGACUGUCAGGGUUAUUUUAGUAGAAUUUAUGCAUAAAUGUAGGUACAUUCUGGUGACCCUGCCCCCCACACUGCCAUACACAUCCUCAUAUAAGAAAUAUAUUUUAUUAUGGAAGGGGGGUAUUAAAAUAUGUUGCUUUUUUGCGUAUGUUAUAUAUGGAUGUCACAUUGCAAAAUCAACUUUAGUAUUUAAAUUUGGCUACAUUUACGGACGUGCACAUUGCAUGGAUGAUUUUAAUCUUAUCAUCAGCAUUAAAUUAGCACUCCUUUUUCAAGACUACAUAAUUUUUUAAAAUGCAUUCUCAACUGCUUCACACAGCAAUGUUAGAUUUCUGACAUAUUCUCUAAGAUCUAAUAAGCAUCAUUUGAUAUCUAUUUCUAGAAGUCAUUAAGCAGCUGCACACUUUUAAUACCCCAGCCCUCAUCUUCUCCCAAUACAGCUUGCUGUAAUAUUUAAACUAAAAUACUAUAAUAGGAAAUAAAAUCAGGCUCUUAGGCUUAAGGCAAGGGUGGGCCAUUUGCAGCCUGUCACGUAAAAUAUUGUGGCUCGCUGGAUGUAUCACAAAUGAAUUUAUUCCUUCUUUCAAUCAGCAAUUAUUUUCAUUUUUGGCAUAAUGCAACAUUUGAAAUAUAUAGGCCAAUACAUCACUUUUGUGAUGGUAUGCGCCAUUUUGGUAUAUCCGCCCCUUUUUAGACUGAUUAAAAAACAGAUUGAAAUAAGUAAUACAUUAUUAAACAAUUUUACUAUUUAGUAACUACUAAAAUAAAAAAAGGAUUUAUAUAAACACAGCUCGGUGAGGGGUACCUCAUUUUUUUCACAACCAUACUAUUAAAUGUAGCAUAAUUCAAAAUUAUAUUCAUAUAUUCAGGCGUACGCAAAAGUGCACCCGUGGAUUUUGAAUUUCUAACUUAAUUUCUGGGAAGGGGCACGUCCUCUAAAACUCCACCCCCACUUUUCAUCUGAUGACUUCAGCCGGCGUCCGCAAUUUCCACUCCCCAACACAUCUUCAUAUAUUAUAGUGGCAAAUGAUGGGCACCUUUUGUAUGCACCAGUGCACUGUCCAUAAAUAUAUAUAUAUGUGUCAGAUUUCUACUUUGGGAAGUGACCUUAAUUUGACAUGUGAUGUGAAUAGUAAUUGUAUAAAUAAUAGUGUAUGGUUAUUUAUUUACUAUAACAAUUCGGUAUUGUACGAUUUUGAGAUUGUACAAGUCAAAGUAUUCAUUAGAUGUUAAUCUAUUAAAUUUCAUGAUAAACUUUUUUUAUUUUUGAUAAAAAGAAUGUAAAUAUUGAUACUUCCUCCAUCAUUUUUCAAUUUACACAGAAUGUAUGUAUGAAUGAGUUUCAAAAUAUUUAAUCUUCGGCUUAAGCGGAAAGUCGCAUAAGCUUUUAGUUUCGAUUUUGGCCGAAAGUUUUGUUAAGCUUUUGGUAGAAAGGAAUUUUUUUCUUUUGGUCUGGUUUCGGUUUUAGCUGAAAUCAGAAAAUCACUUUUGGUCGGUCUCUAGAGGACAACAAGAGGAAUGUAAUAGACCACAAGUAGGUAAGAGAGUUAAUAUAGGUAACAGGGGAAGAAAGAGAGGCAAAGUAAGCCCACUGGGAUUGGUUGUAAAAAGGAGGGGCUGGAGAAAAGAUUUAACAAGUGAAGGAGAACAUGACAUUCAUGCCAUGUGGUGUCAAGGUGCCAUCAGUGUUUACCAGUUUGUUCUCUAAGUUCACCCUAGAGGGCAGGUUGGUACAGGAAACAAUGGCAGUGAUGGCCAAGUCACUAGAGCCCUUGUGGUCACUUCUGUUGAAGUGUUUUGAGAAGGGACUAAAGUAUAAGUUUGAAAAGUUCAAUAAUCUGAAGAAACAAAGAAUCAAUUAUUACAUUUUUGGCUGUAAAUUAUUGAAGAAACUACAGAAAAAAAAACAAUGUCUUAACGCUAAAAUUUAAAUGAUCAGUAGUAUUUUAAAUGGGAUCUGCUACUUGUGGAUAUAAGCCACCUACUGACAAGUUACCAGUUAAUAAUUUACAAAGCAACCCUCCAUCAAAUAGAAUUGAAAGAACUAAUGAUAUUGUUAUGGCUCAUGAGAGGGCUUAAAAGCCUACAUUUUAAAUUAAAAUAAAUACCCAUACAACAAAAGAAAUAGUGAGCGUUUCCUUUUCUGUACAUUGAUCUACAUAACUUUUUUGAGAUCUUCGAAAACAUAAGUUUUAUUUUUUUAUUUAAAUUUAUCUGUUGUUUAUUAUAUUGUAAUGUAUGCUGACAGAGGCAUCUUGUUCUAGCCAAAACAUCUGCUCAAUUGUCUUGUCUUAUUUUCAAGUCUAAACAUAUCUUGUUCCACUAUUUAUUUACUUUACAUGGCUUGAAUGCAGUCACUCAUAUAUAAAUUAUACCACAAAAGCUCUUGCUAGUAAGAGAAAUGGUUUGAAAUAAUAACUUUGAAAGGUCAUCCAGCACAAUAUAGCUUUGCACUUAAAAAAAUACAGGAAAUAGAGUGUUUGAAUAAAAUAAUAACACAUUUUUAAAAAGUCAUUUAUAUUUAAAAUAAAAUAAAAAAAUGUUGAUAUUUUCUUGAGCAUGAUUUAGUAAAAUAUUGGUUUUCUGAGAUUUCUAAGGAUGCAUUUCUAGACUAGCAAGUCUAGUUUUUGUUUAAAUAUUGUGCAAAGUAUAAAACGAUUGCAGAUACAUUAAUAGAUGUUUUAGUUGUAAUAUUUUGCUUUACAGUAAAUUUUAAGUUGGAUUACUUUAUGUGUACUAAAACCAAUAAUGCUGUGAAAUGUCCUGACUGAAUGUCUGUAAAGCAUUAUUUACCGGUACUUAUUGCUUGGAGCACCCAGGAAUUUUAAUUUCAAUUAUCUGUAUGAAUAAUAAUAACAUUUUUAAACCUAUAAUAACAGCUAAUAAGUCUUGUUCAAGUCUUGAAUUAUUAAAAAUAUCAAUCUAUUUUUUUGUCUCUUCUUUUCAGCUUCAGGUAACAGGGCUGUCUUGGAAUGCCACUGGGUCAACACUGGCUGCUUCAUAUCCUUUUUAACUUGAUUAAUAAGUCAUUAAAUUAAAAUUCCAAAUUUUUAGAGGCUAUUUUAGUAUUAGCUUAGUUAAACUUGUAGUAAUGUAUAGUCUAAACUACUAAACUAACUGAUGCAUCCAUCUGUUUAAGUCACUAUAUCCUGUCAAACAUAAUAUCCUAUGUCUUACAGACACACUUAUGAUAUGAAUUGUUUACUACUAGAGAUGUGACUUUGAAUGAAAAUUGAACUCGUGGAAUACAAAAUUGUGCAUAUCAUGAAAGAUGUUGUGCAGUUCCACUUAUUAGUCAACCUCUUCAAGAACAAAUUAUCGCUGUGAAAUUUUUUGAUGUGUACUUUAUGAUGAAUGUUAUAUUAACAGUAAACUCAAAUGUAAACUUGUUUGGAAAUAGAAUUAAUUUUUAAAGACGUUUUCAAGCCAUUCAUCAAACAAAAAAUCAGAAUGUAACCUACAUUUAUCUUAACGUGCCUACAUUUGGAAGAUUUGACCAUGAGGACUGGUGCACACAUAGAGCAGCACUGUGCACCUGGAACCUUGAUAGACGUUCAAUCAAAGAGGACAAACCGGACACAGUGAUUGAUUCCCCUUGUUGUCUCAUGUGUUUGGACUUUCAUCCCAUCAACCCUGCUUGGUUAGCCGGGGGGAAUUUUAACGGUAAUUAUGAGUUAAAGCACGGGGUGGCCAACCCAGAAGGCUUGACGGGCAACUUUGAUAGAGAGUAAACCUUAUGCAGCCGCAUGUAAUUAAACCUAAUGUUAAAAUAUCAAAAUAAACACCCACCAAAUACUGUUUAGAGCUAUUUAUCCAUUUUUAAUGUACAUGAUGAAAUACAAAACAACAAAACUAAUUCAAAGUGAGUUAUAAAUUAUUGUAUAGAAACUGUAGUUUGCUAUUUUUUAACAUAUGUCUUUGGUGAUGUCUCUUAUUAAAAUGUUUUUCACAUUCGGCCAUUGUUGUGGAUGAAACUGUUCUAUAAUAUUUAAAUUUAUAUUCCAUUCAAAAUGAUUUUCUUUUAACUUAUUCAAUACCAGUAUCCAAAAUUUAUAAUUUAAAAAAAAAAAAAUUAUACCUUACAAGAAAUGUAGAAAUUUUAACAUAUUUCAAAUGUAGGUGAGGUUAUUUUAUGGGACUUAAGUCAGGAAGAUGACCUCAUUGUGGCAACUUCAGGGAUUGGUGAUGAUGCACAUAGGGAGCCUGUUUCUAAAGUUCAUUGGGUCAAGGGUCAGUCUUCAAAAAAGCAAGACUAUAAUGUAAGUUUAGUAUGAGCAUGACAUCUGGCCCAAUAGUUAAUCCCUGUUGCCAAUAAUUUCUCUUAAAAAUGAUUUAAGUAAAUUAAAUGUUAAGUACCAGUUUGCAGUUACCCUAAAUUAUUUCAACACCAGUAAGCCAAUACCGGUAUUAUUUUUUUCAUUUGUGUGGUUAAUUUAUUUUAAUGAAAUAAUGAUGUGUAUAAAAAUUGUAUUUAUAAAAUUAUACUACAGAGCUGCACAUGAUCACAAUUCUAAAUCCUCUGCAUCAUUUUUGUUGGGUCUUUUCUUUCCUCUUGUAUCUUAUCACAAACAACUUAUCUCCAUUGUUUUAAGUCAUUUAUAAAUUGUCUCACAGAUUGUUAGUGUGAGUGGUGAUGGAAAAGUUCUAAUCUGGAAAGUAGAUUUGAAAAAAGGAAAACUAAGGCUACAUAAGGGGUAACUUGUUUUUUUAAAAUUGUUGCAAGUUUUUAAAAACGAAACUUUGCUUCUGUCCUUUUAAUUAUUUAGUACCGGUAUCCAUUAACCUUCACUGCUAUAAAUUUGCAUUUCAAGCGCAAUUAAUUUUUUUUGCCUUGUUUGAAAUUGCAUUCAAUCUUAAGAUUUAAAAAAAAAAAAAUUAUUUUAAUGUGACAUUCCCCUGGUUCUUGAUUUGUUUCUGGUUCUUUUUUUUUUUUUUUUUUUUUUUUUUUUUUGAAUGAUCUCUAGUUUUGUUUUGAUGUCUCAAGAUUUACCGAGAAAUAUGAAGGUCAGAGGAGUCAGGGGAGAUAAAGAAGUUGGAGUGACAAGUAUCUCAUUCAGCCAUGAAGAUCCUGAUUUAUUUGUGUUAGGUUCAGAGAGCGGAUGCUUGUUCAAGUGUAACUUGCAUGCUAAAGGCAGACCUGCUGGAAGUGAGACAGACCAUCUAUAAAUAACAUAUAACUUCUUUUUUUAUAGUGUUUAUUGCCAUCAAAUACUCAUCACUUUUUGAGACAAUACUGAUUUUUUUAAAGUGUAAAAUGAUUUUAUCCAUUCUUUUAGUAAUGUUAGUCCUUCAAAUCAUUUAUUCUUCACUAUGUUUGCUGUAAAAAAAAAGAAUCUAUUUGAUAUUUAUUCAUUUUUUAAUGUAAAAUAAAUUGAAAUUAGUGCAGGGAAUGUAGAAAUAACUUUUUAUUAUCACUCCAGGUCACAUUAUAUCCUCUGUACCAUUAUGCUCACCUGUGACCUUCACCUUCAGUCCUCACCAUGGGCCAGUUCACUCAGUUGACUGUUCAAGAUUUCACAGAAAUGCUUUUUUAAGUGCAGGCAUGGAUCAAAGCCUACGUCUGUAUAACAUGCUGCAGGUAACUUUUUGUUCAUUUUUGUAUAAGGAAAUGAUGAAACUCAACAUAUGAAUGACUGCAGUCAUAGAUAUAGGUUAUUCACUAACCUGAAAAGUUAGAAUUACGUUUCUGACUCCAUUUACCUGCUGUCCACGAAAAGAUAAGAUUAUGAACUAAACAAACAAUCUUUCAGUGUAAAGUGCUAAUCUGUAUGUAGAGACAAUGUCCUUGGAGACAAUUUGGUUCAAAACCAUUGAAAUGAUUGUAAGAAGUUAAAUUAAAUAACACUGCACUAUUUUCAGUCAAUAUGACACGAGAUGUUCUUAUGGCCAGCAAAAAUACAUUUACUAAUUAUUUGCAGAUGCAGCCAGUUUUAACAAUAGAACCUGGAGAUGGGUAUUUGUUCUCAGCCAAGUGGUCACCAGCUCGCCCCACUGUUAUAGCUGCUGUGUCAGAGAGAGGAAACCUUUUGCUCUAUGAUCUUCGCAGUGGCCAGAUGGUGCCGGUACAUAAACUAGAGGCCAGUCCCAACAAAGUGCCUGUCUACAGUUUACAGUUCAACCCACAAGAGUGAGUAGUCUUUGAAAGAUGUCUUUAAAUAACUGUAUAAUUUACUGAUAAUGUCAAGCAGGAAAUAUUGUAAAUUAAUUCAUAUAGUAAUAAUAAUAAUAGUAAAUUUUGAGAAAUCCUCAUAAAUUCAUGAAGUUACCUAGCUUUUGUUUAAUUUGUUUUAGACACUGAUCAAAACUGAGAGGACAGAUGUACAUUACCAUUCGAAUAUUUCAACUGAAUUAGCAAUGUUAAAGUAAAGUAAGAUACAUUUUGAUUCAGUUGAUUUUGUGUCACUAUACUUGAUGACUUUACUUUUAGUGUCUGUGAUUUCUUUUUUCCUCUUUGAAUAGAAAACGUAUUCUGGCAACAGGUGAUGGACAGGGAUACAUACGGGUGUUCAGACUUGGGGAGACUCUUACAUCAGUGUCAGGCCAUGAGAACGAGGUGUUGAAUGAUGUCAUGAGUACAGGCACAGAGUAAAUAAUAAAACCCACAUCUCUUGUUAAAGCUGUGAUAUAAAUAAUUUGCAAAUGUCAAACAAUUCUGUCAUUUGGGAGUUUACCUACUCCUGUGUUAUGUGACUUGUUGUAGGAGAUAUCUUUUUGUAUUGACUCUUCAGAAACAUUGAAAUUAAGUUGGAUUAACUGAGCGAUGCCAUAUGGGUACAAAAUACCUGUAGAAUUUAUUUAGAGGUUUCUGUGUCAGUUUUUUUUUUGGUAUUUCAAGCUAUUCAUCUUACAGAAUUGCCAUUCAUUUUAGAUUUUUUCUUUGCUGGCAGGAUUUCUAAGUUACACCUAAUUUAAAAAAAAAAAGAAAAACAAAAGAUGAUCAGAAUUUUAAUUUGUUUUCAUAUCUUUGAAGUUUAAGGUGUUUGAAAUGCUCUUUUUUUUCUCCUUGGUCAUAUUUUAUUUUAAAUAGAUUUAUAAUUAUAUCCUAAAAAUUAACUCACCGUUAGUUUUAAUAUCUGUCAUUUCCUUCAGAGGAGCUAAAAUAUUUUUCCCCCUGAAACUCAGUUUCCUCUAGGAUGCUCUGAGUCUGAGUUCCAUCAAGUUUGAUGAAACAGCUUCAUAUUUCAUGGACAUUAAACUGAAUUUGUUUAUCAUAUACUUUUGAAAUAUUUUGAUUUACCGGGUACGGAUAAUUUCAUUUUGUGUUUUUCAUAUUUAUUUUUCAAAUUAACAGUAUUGGUAUCGGGUAAUUUAAUGCGUUUUAACUUCCCAGCAUCACCUUGACACAAUUACUUAUUUCUUAAACUGUUCACUAUAGCUUCAGCUUAAUUAAAUAAUUAAUCAGCUCCAACAUGAUUUAUUCAUUUUUACCAUUUUAUUGUGACCUUAAAUAAACUAACACAAAAGUCUAUCAAGUAAAGUUGACAAAAUAUGAAUAUUAAACAUUUGGUUUUAAAAAAUCCUUAAAGUGCAUGACAUGAAAUGAAUGAUUUAUCAUUUGUGCAGCUCCUUAAUCGCGACACUUAAUUUUUAUAUUACUAAAAAAUGGUUUAAUUACAUUAAUGAGAGACUUCUUUUUACAAUUAAUCAUGCUAUUCAGCAUUGAAAAAGUUCCCUUUUAUUACUAUGAACUAAUUUACACUAGUUACAAUAAUAAAAAAU